AUGAUUGACGUCAAAAUCAAGCCUCAAUCUGGUAUUGUCGACCGAGGGAAGAGUGCGCGACACGGGCUCUCUCCCACCGCAAAACAGCCAGAAAAGAAGCAACAAUCACCCUUCAAGAGUUUUAAGAAUACACUCUUGUUACGAAACCAUAAAUCACGAAAAAGCUCGCCAAAGACCGUCAAUAGCACUCCUGCGGACUCAAUUCCGGACAUUAACGUUUCACCUCUGUUAAAUGGGCCAUCUCAGAACCACAAAUCUGCUGUUAAGGGAUCACAACGUUUCUCUGCACAACGAGUUACUCUUUUCAAAUAUAAUCAUGUUAGGGUCGUGAACUCAGUCACCAAAGGCCACAGAAGCAGUUCGGAGUCUUCAAUGUCUUCAGCUCUGACGUCGCAUUCCACAGUUCUGCGACGUCACGACUCUCACGAAUACUCCAUAGCCAGUGCUGAAACCAGGCGGGAAACGUGCUUGAUGUCUGACGGACCCUUGGAGAUCUACCAGAUAAUCACCUACAACAGUUCUAAACUACCUUCCCAGAAAAUGACUUAUCUUUGUUUGGGGCGAAAGGACAAUAUUCUUCAUCCUAUCUUGCCAAAGCUUCAAGUCACGAAGCUCCCGUCUCCGCAAUUCAAAAUCUCAAUUCUCCUGCUCAAUCCAGAGCGCUACUGGAUAAUAGAAUUUUUACCGGAAGUUGGCCAUAGCGAGGUUCGUGACGAAGUUAGGGUUAAUUUCGAAUCCAUGAUCAGUACGAUAUGCUCUUACAAAGUUCACCCGAAUCCAGCAAUGCAUCAAGAAGAAACGGGACACUCACAGAACAAAUUGCUGAAAGAAGACAAUCACUCUGACACUGAGGAAGACAGCGAUUUGGAGUAUUUGCUGAACGAGUCGGACAGCUUUUUGGAAGAAACGGAAUCAACAAAUAAUGACGAAUCUCACGAUAGAACGGUCAAUGAUGCCUUUAGAAACGCAAUUCGCAAUAUAAUGGUAUCAGAGUCUUACGAUACGAAACGGGUAUCUGGCAGUAAAAGGCUCAGCUCGUAUCAUAGCACCACUGUCUCUUCUCGUUUCGAACCAAGGCUGUCCAUGGUACGAUCAGCGUCUGUACAGAUGCGUCUCAGAGCUUCUUAUGACGGUAAUUCGCCUCUAGGCGUUGGGACAUGGAUGGACGUGGGCUCGGAAGAUUCAGCAGAUUUCUUCUCACGUAUAUAA